UUAAUUAAUUUAAAUAUUGUGACUUGACCGUAAUAAAAUAUCGACGACAACAUGAUUAGAAGUACGAUAGUGCUAUCUGCGGCAAAAUUCCGACAUUUUCAUAGGAAAUAGGUACCAUUUUCAUCAUUUGAAUGUACGCGCCGUAUGAAUUUGUGACCUUCAUUUCGUAAAACGUGCCGUAAUACAAACAAGCAUUGAAUGGUGCCAACGUCAGAAUCUUUGGAAGACGUUUGAACGUUUGGAACAGAAAUUGUAAACAUUCGAAUGCGAUAGACUCGACGGAAGUGCAAGGUUUUGAUAGGAAUACCACGAUGGUUCGUUCGCGAACUAUCACCCAGGACGAGUAUAAACAACAUCAUGCUGAGUUUAAAAUAAUUUACGGUUUUCAUUCGUCACCGUUUGGAAAAUGUUUGGUUGGCGUGACGGACACAGACAAGGCUGUAGCGUUUCUAACGUUUGUAGAUGACAGCAAUGAAAAAGGAUUAGCCAAGCUAAAGAGCUGUUGGCCUCUAUCAGAAUUAGUUGAAGAUAAUGAUAACGAAACGAGUCAAAUUAUGGAGACAAUUUUUCCUUCUGGUACAAUCGUGAACAAUUCUCUGACAUUACUUUUGAUGGGUACAGAAUUUCAAAUAAAAGUUUGGCAGUCCUUACUCGAUAUACCAAAGGCCACAACGGUUACUUACGAGCAAGUUGCACAGAACAUAAACAAUCCGAAGGCUGUACGUGCUGUUGGUAAUGCUGUAAUGAAAAAUAAAGUUGUAUACCUCGUACCUUGUCAUAGAGUCAAAGGAAAGUCUGGUAGCAAUAAGUACAAGUGGGGACCAGAACUUAAAGAGACUAUCCUGUCUUACGAAAGACAAGAAUGACAUUAUUUCUGAGUCUUAUCGUCCUGUACCAUUGAGAUAGAAAUGAAUAAAAUAACCAUAAGGUGAUUAAUAUGUACACAUACUUACAAAAACAUUUGAACAUCUUUUAAAACAGAAUAAUUUCUUUACAAUUAGGCACAACUUUCAUGUAUUUUCUAUUUAUAUUUAGACAACAAUCUACAUAAUAUUGUUACGUAAAAGUACUGUAAAAAACAAGUCAUUAGCAUUCGACAUCGACCUAAGAGAUAUUAGAUUCUGACUGAAAACGAGAAUGUUAUCUACAUUGUCAUGUUCAUAAGAGAAGCAUGGAGUUUAAAAAUACGUAUCUAAAUAUAUACACUUAUGAAUAAAUACAAAAGCAAGUCGUAAAAGUAUUUCUCAAAAAAGAACAAUCGAUAUUGUACAGAACAAUCGAAUACGCAUCACAAAUACAACAUUUGUUUACAUUAACGUACAAAUUCAUCGUUGUAACAUAUAACCUACGUUACAUUUGAAAAGUGUUUGAAAGAAAAUUAGUUACAUGUAAUCUUAAUUAUCCACAUUAGAAUUUACUUCCUACGAUUGUAAAAAUUGGUGUAUCAUAAAAUAAAUUUCUAUCAUAUGGUAUUACAUAUA